AUGGGGCGCCGCAUCCGUGUCGUCGUCCGUCUCCGUCCAGGCGAGGGCGGGCCCUCAUGCGUCGAUGUUGACGCUGAGAAUAAGAAUAACUUGGUGGUGGCGGAUCUAUCUGGAACGCAUGCAGGCAGCGCCCCGCGAGGCUUCCACGUUGAUCAAGUUGUUUCAGAGGCUUGCGGCAACGAUGAGCUGUUUCGUGACCUCGUACUUGGACGCAUUGCUUCCUCGGCUGAUGAGCCAGAUACCUCAUGUUUUUUGGCUUAUGGUCAUACCAACAGCGGUAAGACCCACUCCAUUGCUGGGACAGGCAAGGAGCCGGGGCUGUUGACACUCUCCGCCAAGGCUGUGCUUGACGCCCACGGCGUGGCGGAGGUUGCAAUGCUGGAGGUGUACGGAGAAAGCGUGCAUGACCUUCUGGCCGAGGGUGAACGACGCCUGAUUCGGCGUCGUUCGGGCCCUGAUGGAACGGUAAUCGUGGUGGAAAAUUUGACGUCUUGCUGCCUCUCCUCGAUGGAGGAGUGGAAUGCAGUCUCCGAAUUUGGGAUGCAGACACGGCGUACCGCGCCGACAGAGCGAAAUGCACGUAGUAGUCGUAGCCACGCAAUAUUUACUAUUAAGAGCCGGGGAAUGCGUCUUUGCUUAGUAGACUUGGCGGGAAGCGAGAGACAGACGACGUACUCUCCACAGUUGAAUAAGGAAAGUAUUGCCAUCAACAAGUCUCUUUCGCGUCUUAGUACGGUGUUAGAGGCUCUCAGCACAGCACGACUGAAUUCAGACGGUACCUCCUCAUACGUAAACUUUCGUGACACGACAUUGACCGUGCUACUUCAACGAUAUCUUUCUGGAGCUUCUAUGACGGUGUUUCUUGCGUGCAUUCAUCCUAAUACUGCUUUUUACCACGAAACGAUGAGCACUAUGCGGUAUACGCAGCGUCUAAAGCGCAUUCAUACCAAAACCGCCCCACGGAAGCCGAGUGAAGAUAUGAGUUUGUUUCAUCCCGGAGAAAGGCAAAAUUUGCUGGCGGAGCUAAUGCUGCUGAGAAGAAUUGUGGUAAGACAACAAGGUCAACAACAAGAAACUUCCCAGUACGAUAACGAAUUUCGAAACGGUGGCGAAGAAAUGGCGGUUGAUCGGUUACUGCUGGACCCCCGCCCGGUUUCUUUGCUUCGAGAACAGGACCCAGAUCCGCGGGAAAACGUUUCCAUGUCACCUGCGCCGAGUGCUGCACAUCGGCAGCGUCUACUGCGUUCCAAAGAUACCAUGCGUGUGGCUGGUUGGCUGCUUAGUCGCAUUCUCGGUGAACUUCCAGAGCUUUCUGUGGGGUUUGAUGACUACUUUGACAGCUACUUGCCUCCUCAAGUGCAAGUAGUGGGUUAUGUUUCCCUGAUGGCCUGCCUCGCGCCCCGCGACCUCGGCGAAGCAAUGACCAGUUUGGCAUUGCUAGACGUGGGGGAUAUUGCCAUGGGUUUAUCCAUGCUCGAUGCUGGGAUUCCGGCGUGCGUCGGUCUCCACCGAUUGAGUUGCAGGGGAACCAACACAUGGGAGGCGCACGAGUACGAUGGAGUCAAUAGAGUCUUUGUUUUGGCUUUUUUUGAAGUCAAUGAACAUUUGGUGGAGGUAAUGGGUGACACUCAUGACGCUUUUGAGUGCUGUGGUGGAGUGUUAACACUCGAGCCAUUAGUGCCUUUGGCGAUAGUCUUCUGUACGCCACUGGAUGCCUCGGAUGAACUCAAGGAGAAUAUUUUGCAACACCUUGUCACACUUCAGGGCGAGCAGGAUGGUGCUUUUGAGAGCUCUGUGGGGGGUUCAUCUCCGAUGUCGCAGUUCACGCAAAGGGAGAAUAGCCUCCACGCGUUGGUGGAGCAUCCAAAAUUGGUUUCGCUGGAGGCGCUAGGGCAGUGGCGUGAUGCCUGCGUUAAAAGGGUUACUUCUUCUAGCGAUACGGAACUCUCUCCAGCGGCACCGCUCGCGGAGGAGAUUGAGCGACAAGCGAUGAAUAAGUCGCAGUUUUGCUCCCCAUUCCAAGAGCCACCAUCCGUGGACUCUGGAGAAGUAUUACUUCCCAAGAAACCGAUAGAAUCCCCUAUUGACCGUGAAACGCAUGGUAUUCUGGCUUCGCCGUCCUUUUUUUUGCCCGAAUCAUCGACAGAUUCCUCUGUAAUUUCGGGGUCGCGUUUAUCUUUGCCCUCUCCAGAGGUGGCAGGUAAAGAACAAGCUCCAGAAAGUCCCAGCGUUGACCUGCCAUUGGAUGGUUCUGACCUGUCUGAAAGUGACACCGAAACGGAGACACUGACGUCAGAGAGUAUUGAUGGAGAGGAACAUGGUGUGAAUAAAGUUGACGUUUCGGUAUCCCCUGCUGAUGUGCGCGUGGAAGUCAAUAGUGGGACGGCUGUCCCACGCCCGCAGCAAAGCACUCUGCGCCCGAUUGAGGAGCCUCCUAGGAAUGCGUUUAUUCCACAGGGGCAGUGCAACGGCGAGGACAAUACCGGCGUCGCAAAGAAUCCCACCACCCCGUUCGUGCGACCUUUGGCAAAGGAGGUGGUAAGUGACGCAGCUGACAAGAAGAAGCGAAGACAUUUUCAUAGAAACCGGGGACCUGUGCUGCAGGGGUGCCACGGUUGCGCGGUUUUAUAG